CUUUAUGAACUUCCUUAAAUGACACAUCCAUGCACCAACGACCAACCCAACAUGGCCCCAUCUCUCAUUAACUUCUCCUAUUCUUUCUUUAACGCCUCCAUCGUUCAAAUAUUUGCUUCAACUCAAGCAACCACACCUCUCCCAAUCACUCACACAGUCUCUCCCUCUCUCUCUCUCUCUCUCUCUCUCUCUCUCUCAGAGUCGAAAUGAGGCUCCUUCCCUCACUACCAGCAGCGGUUGUCCUAACCCUCAUGUGGGUUCCUCUUGCAAUGCCCUUCACGGUGAUAAUGUCAGAUUCCGGCGUUCCAUCGGCCCUCGUCGACGCCCCACAGACAGGCUUCUCCAUGAACAAGAACGGAUCAGCCCGGACCAAUCCCCAGGAGCAGCAAGCGGUUUACGAGAUCAUGAAAGCCACCGGCAACGGAUGGGCGACAGAGAUUCCCGACGUGUGCCGUGGCAGGUGGCACGGGAUCGAGUGCAUGCCGGACAAGGAUGAAGUGUUCCAUGUAGUGUCGCUCUCUUUCGGAGCACUCUCCGACGACACCGCCUUCCCUACCUGCGACCAGACACAGUCCUUCAUCUCACCUUCCAUUACCAAGCUCCCAUACAUCAGAACUCUCUUCUUCUACCGUUGUUUCAGUUAUAAUCCCCAGCCCAUCCCUUCUUUCCUCGGUCAGCUGGGCCCCACCCUCCAGUCUCUGGUGCUUAGGGACAAUGGCCACGUGGGGCCCAUUCCGGCUGAGUUGGGUAAUCUGACCCGCUUGAGGGUCCUCGAUCUCCACCGAAACAAUCUCAACGGUUCGAUACCGGUUUCACUUGGCCGGAUCGCCGGUCUAAGGUCGUUGGAUUUGAGUGAGAACAGACUAACCGGCCCAAUACCUAGCCUGAGCUUCCCCGUUUUGAAUGUGUUGGACCUGAGCCAGAAUCACCUCAUGGGCCCAAUCCCUUCUAGCCUUGGAAAUUGUCCUUCGCUCAUUAAAAUGGAUAUGAGCCGAAACCGGCUCUCCGGCCCAAUACCCAUAUCCAUCGGUGCCCUCAAGAGCCUGAUUCUCAUGGAUCUCAGCUACAAUCGCUUGUCGGGUCCCCUCCCAAUCUCAAUCCGGAGCUUAAAUUCUCUCCAAGCUUUGAUUCUCAAGGGGAAUCCAAUGGACUCGACGACCAUUCCCGGUGAUGGGUUCGAGGGGUUGAAGGGUCUAAUGAUACUGGUUCUAUCCGACAUGGGUCUGGAGGGACCCAUACCCGACGCGCUAGGCCGGUUGCCGAGCUUAAGGGUUGUUCAUCUGGACCGGAACAAUAUUAACGGUUCAAUCCCUCUGAGCUUCCAAGACAUGAAGGAUCUCAGCGAGCUGAGACUAAACGAUAACCGGUUGACCGGACCGGUACCAUUCAGCAGAGAAACAGUAUGGAGGAUGGGGAGGAAGCUGAGGCUUUACAACAAUUCGGGUCUCUGCAUUGACCCACGAACCGGUAUUGAAGUGGGUUCGGACGUUUCAUUCCUUUCGGGCAUCAGCCUCUGUGAGAUGCCCAAAUCAACACCGACAAGAACAACUCAGCAUCUUACCUCCAUUAGUGGAGACACACAGAGACCAGUUUGGAGUUCAAAUUCAACAUCCUCUGCAACUAAGGAAGCCACUUUUCUUCUUCUGCACAUAACGACCUUGCUUUUCUUCCUUUCUUUAUUGUGA